AUCGGUUGGGAACGUCGUAAAAAUGGUGGCGAAUUUGCAGCUUCGUUUGAAAGCCGUAUUUCAUUGUCCUGUCAUCGCUGUGUUCGAGCCAUCUUUGGAAGGUGGAUGGAACACCGUGGAAGUGCAAGACAACAACGGUGUUUUCCGGCGCGGAGCUGUGGUGGAUAUCCUGAAUGACGGGAGUUUCGUGGUUGAUUUCGGGUAUCCAGGCCGACGAGCGGAAGUGGUGGAACAUGGCAAGGUCUUCCGCGUAGACCGCGGACCGCCGUAUCUUUAUUCGGAAAUAGAUGUGCUGAUCCGGGAAUUUCCCAACCGUCCUCCGGCCUGGUAUCCCGCCCUGGGAGCCUGCUUGCAGAUGCAUAACGGUUACCCGAACGACAAGCAAGCCGAUGUGCGAGUGCAGUUCGAUAACGUGCUGCUGAGCGAGACAAUUUCUACGAAACAGCUGCGCAUGCGGCCGUCUGAACUUAGCCUGAAACAGCGGACUUUUGAAAAACACCAUUUCGUCAGGAGAUCUCUGGACCUGCUUCCGGCACCUCGUUACGGUUUCUCACUGGAGUCUCCCGAUUUCCGUCAUCUUUUCCAAAAAAUCCUUAAUAACUGGGAAAUUUACCCAGUUUCUUUGUCUCCAGAAAAAAUUGUUUAUGUCCAAAAACGUCUAUCUCGACCGCUUUUACUGGAGGAUUGGAGUUCCAUCUGUGAAAAAACCCUGACCAUGUCGUCAACUCUAAGGUGUCUUCCGGCUCAUGCCAAGUGGGAUUUACUUGCAACUACGGAGACCGAUGAUUCCCACUUUUCACUAUUGCUUCCAGUGUUGUAUUUACUAUUGCCCCAAAACCUUACUUACUUUUUACUUUUCGUCUGGCUGUUGACUUUACUAUUUACUUUACUAUUUACUUUUCAUAAUCUUUCUUCCUUACUUUUACUUACUUUUUACUUUUUUUAUCGUAACCUUACUUACUUUUACUAACUUAGUAAUUACUAGUAAAAUAGUAUUUACUAUAAGUGUUUUGCGAUAAAUCGCCAUACGCAACAAAAUUUUUCAAUAUUGCCAUAAAGUAUGCAUUUCUUAAGCAUAUUACGUAUCUAAAACAAAAAUAACUGCUUGUACUUUGGGACAGUGUGCACACCGAUUAAUUUUAAUUUGUGCUCAGAAAUUUGUUUCAAUGAAGCGAUUUGGUUCUGUGUAAAAUUACAGUACUUAUUUUUUGACAAAAAUUAGCAAAAGUCAUUACACCGUAUCCGGUGCCAAGGUAAGUACUGCAGCGAAGCAGCACUAGCUAAUACGCCUGGCAGUCACGUAACUCGCCCACCUAAGCGGUUGAAAGCGUCUGCAGUGCAGCGAAAUUUUAGCGAUUCAGAAGAAAACUUGUACUGCCAAACUUUAUUGCUAUGGAAAAAAGCAUGUCCAGCAGAAUUCUGAUGAUGCCCGUCACUUUUAUCUGUUGCGGACGCUUAGUAAAAGGCUGUUUUACUAAUUAAGCUAUUCCCGUUUCGCUCCUCUUAGUUUUACUUACUAUUUACUUCUCAAGCCUCGACUGCUCUUACUUUUACUUUACUUUUACUUUUCCGUUUUGCUGCUUACUUACUUUUUACUUAAUUAGUAAAAGGCAAAAACGGCUUACUAAGUAAAGUUUACUAUUUACUUUUACUAAGUAAAGCAACACUGAUUGCUUCCAGAAUUGUUAUCUAACACUUUUCGGCUCUUGAACUUUUUGGACCGCAUACAGAAGCGCCGUGUCUGCCAACUAUGGAACGCUAUUUUCCUUGCCGAAAAUGCACAAGACGUCAGGAUAACUUUCGACCCUUUAAGCGGUGAUUCCUGUGGCAGUGAUUUGCAGUAUAUGUUUAUCGUCUGUUUGCUGAAAUGCGUGAAGACGUCCACCCAGUGUCUUAUCAUCCAGAAAGAACAUCUCCGCUUAGAGAAUCAGUCUUACUGCUGGCUUGACCGCAACUGUUUGGAAUGGCUGAUCCAGAGUCUGUGCCAACAGCCCAUUGGGAGGGAACGGAGAAUCGUUUUUUAUAACUUUCUGUUGCUCCCGGACAUCGUGAAUUUUGACUGCACGGUUCGAUUUUUGGCUGAAAAGUGUCGGCAGUUGGCGCCGGUCUGUAGCACGGUGAUGUAUAGGCAUUGUAGACUCCGUUGUGACCUUACCCGUUACGACAAUAUUGACAAUGAAGUAUACGGGUCCAAAUACGACGAUCUUCCACUGACCACUGGGACGCUUAACCCACUUUCCAGCAACAUUUCCGACGACCUGCUUGACGCCAUUGACAACAAUUUGCCGUUUGUUCUACCGGAUCUGACGUCAUUGUCCGAGUGGAUCGACGCUGUUGUUGCUAUGCCCGAUGAUGAUCCGGGAUGGUAUGAAAUUGUUCGAACUGUAAAGAAUUACUGGAUUCGGGAUUCGCAGCCGGCUGAAAGGGAGGCAGAUGGCCUGGACAUACGCUAUCGUCGCUUCGAUUUGGACCUAAGUAAAUUGCCAAGGCCCUUGUUAUACGCAUUGACCCGCAUACUGAUUUUGAUCAAUCGGGAUAAAACGGAAAGACAAAACCAGCUAGUCCCGGCACUUAAUCGUGCUGCUCUUCCUAAACGAAAACCAUCACGCUUUGCGGGUUUUAAAAAGUUUAUAGGAUUAUGUACUUCGUAAGAUCGAUUAAAACUUAUUACCGUUAAGUUUAAGUUUUGAGGUGGAUUGCC